GUUGUCAUAUUGAUGAAAAUAUGUUAGAAGUAGUUACCCUUGCAACAAUUCCCCUGCCAGGCAUAUCAGGGGAAAGACAGAGUGAUUGUUCACCAACUGGAAGAGGCCAGGAGUUGGUUGAAUGAAUUUGUCAAAGAGACACAUGACCCUCAAGAAGAAGUUCUGAUGUUUGUUGUCUUUGGAGGAGAUAUAAACAGUGAUAAUAUGUCACCAGGAGAUUCAGCUGUUCAAAAUCUCGCGCUGUGGGAAGAAUAUGAAGACCCUUGCAGGGAGUCAGCUGGCCAUGAUAAGCCGUGGACAGUUGGCACCGAGCACCGGCAGAAGCUCCUUCACCACCCAUUCAUGCAAUAUCCCGAAACCUUCAGGGAUAUUCUUUUGGAUGAUGUACAGCGCAGAUACUUCCUCUUGGAUGCUGAUGUAGAGGUGUAA